UCCAGCAGAAACUCUUUCUCCUCACAGCUAGCUAGCUAGCAGCAUGGCACAAGAUCAAUCCGUGGUCAAAGAGAUUGACCAACCUGGCCAAGAUCUUCCGACAAGGGAUGGAUGGUCCACGCCACUCACCCUCUACAACAGCUACUGGCUCAGAUCUCACACGGUAAGCAAGUUCAUGCUCGUCAGGGACAGGUUCAAGCCCCGCCGCGACGACAUCAUCCUUGCCACGCACCCCAAGAGCGGCACCACCUGGCUCAAGUCCCUCGCCUUCACCGUCUCCACCCGCUCCCGCUUCACCUUCGCCGGCACCCCUCUGCUCACCAGCAACCCGCAGCGCGUCGUGCCCUUCAUCGGCGCCAUGGGCGGAGACCUCGACAACCUCGAGGCCCUGCCGUCGCCGAGGCUGCUCUCGACGCACCUGCCGCUCUCCCUGCUCCCGCCCGCCGUCUCCACCGUCGGCUGCAGAGUCGUCUACCUCUGCCGGGAGCCAAAGGACGCGUUCGUGUCCAGGUGGCACUUCGAGAACAAGAUUGGCACAGGGGCUCCGAUCAGCCUCGACGAUGCGUUUCGCAUGUUCUGCCAAGGGAUCACCCCCUUUGGCCCUUUCUGGGAUCACUACCUGGAGUACUGGAAGGAGAGCCUGGCGAGGCCGCACGAGGUGAUGUUUCUCAGGUACGAGGAGAUCGUGUCUGACCCGCUCAUGGUCGUAAGGAAGCUCGCCACCUUUCUCGGAGUCCCGUUCACCGAGGAGGAGGAGGAGAGCGGAGUCGCCGAGCAGAUUGUGAGGUUCUGCAGCUUCGAUUCUCUAAGCAACCUGGACAUUAACAAAACAGGUGCCGGCGUUGAGCGUGCAGGAGGCAAGAUUCUCCUCGAGGCCGCGUCGCUCUUCAGGAAAGGGAAGGUUGGGGAUUGGGUGAACCACAUGAGCAAGGACAUGGCAGAAGCAAUGGAUCGCCUCGUGGAGGACAAGUUCAAGGGGUCUGGGCUAGAGUUCUGAGAUACGGCUCAAUUUGCGUGCCAGCUACUGUGAGUGCGUAGUGUAGUUGCAGCGUCUGAUGAUGGCCAUCAGUGUUUUCACCAAAGAUGUUGAAGUCUACAAUAAAUUUGGUCGUGUGCUUUGUUUGAUUACA